GGGCGUGGCCACAAUGGCGGAGUGGGCGUGGCCCUAUUGUUGCGUCCUUUGCCCAGUGGCUGAAGGUUCCGCGCGCGGCCUCCUCCUCCCUUCCUCUCGGGCUCCGGCCCUGCUCUCUCCCGGCGCUCCUGCUCUCCCUUCUUGCCCCUUUAUCUAUCACCUCCGGACCAGGAGAUGCUGCCUAACACGGGAAAAUUGGCAGGAUGCACCCUCUUUAUCACGGGUGCCAGCCGUGGUAUUGGAAAAGCGAUUGCCUUGAAAGCAGCAAAGGAUGGGGCUAAUAUUGUGAUAGCUGCAAAGACAGGAGUGCCACAUCACACACUCCCUGGAACCAUCUACACUGCUGCAGAAGAAAUUGAAGCAGCUGGAGGGAAAGCUUUACCUUGCAUUGUUAACGUGAGGGAAGAAGAUCAGAUUGUUGAUGCAGUGGAUCAGGCUGUCCAGAAGUUCGGAGGGAUAGAUAUUCUUGUGAACAAUGCAAGUGCUAUCUCUCUGACUGGCACGCUGGAAACGCCUACAAAGAAAGUGGACCUUAUGAUGAGUGCCAACACAAGAGGAACUUAUCUCACAUCAAAAAUCUGCCUCCCAUAUUUGAGAAAGAGUAAGAUUGGUCAUAUCCUUAACAUCAGCCCUCCAAUAAAUUUAAACCCACUGUGGUUCAAGAAUCACUGUGCUUAUACCAUUUCUAAAUAUGGGAUGUCAAUGUGUGUGCUGGGAUUAUCAGAAGAAUUUAAAGGUGAAGUGGCAGUUAACGCUUUAUGGCCUCAAACAGCCAUCUAUACUUCUGCAAUGGAUAUGUUGGGAGGCGCUGGCGUAGAAAAACAAUGUAGGAAAACGGAUAUUCUGGCAGAUGCUGCGUAUUGUAUUUUAACAAAGCCCAAAAGUUUCACUGGGAAUUUCGUUAUUGAUGAAAAUUUGUUGAGAGAAGAAGGAAUCAAGGAUUUUGAUGCAUACGCGGUGGCCCCAGGACAUCCACUGCUACCAGAUUUCUUCUUGGAUGUAGACCCUGAUACUCUAGCAAUGAAAAUGGAAGCACAAGGAGCUUCCCCAGCAUUCAAGGAUGGGAAAAAACAAGAUGUAAUGAAGCACGAAGGUCCUAAGUCCGAAAGUAAUGAGAAAGCUAAGCAUCAUGUGCAUUUUGCUGCAGUAAACGCAACCGGGCCUGUAGCUGAAACAUUUAAGAUUAUCAAAGGGGCAAUUAACGAUGACGUUGUCAAAUCGACCCAAGGAGUUUAUCGGUUUGAAUUGUCAGGUGAAGAAGCAGGAACGUGGUAUAUUGAUCUCAAAAACAAAGGUGGUAGUGCGGGAAGUGGAGAACCUCCCGGAAAAGUGGAUGUGAUCAUGAAUAUGUCUAGCAGUGACUUUGUAAAAAUGUUUUCAGGGAAACUGAAGCCAACGAUGGCUUUCAUGUCCGGAAAGCUGACAAUCAAGGGUGACAUGGCCUUAGCAAUCAAGUUGGAGAAAUUGAUGGGCCAGUUUAAUUCCAAAUUGUGAAGUUAAAAUGGGGGGUGGUUUGUGUGCCACAUUCAGCAUUCAAUAAAUAUGCUGUGCUUUGCUUUGCAGUUGAAAAUGACAGUGCUUGCUUUUAAAAAUAUGAUUAUGAUUUAGACAUAUAUGUCAGAAACAUGCCUUUUCUGUGUCUCUAAUUUGACAUGGAUUGAAAUUCCAAUUGACUAAAGUGACAAAUUGUUCUUAUUGCUUCACACCUUGGGAAGUAUUUUUAGGAUCAGUGGGCCUUUCUUUUCUUCUUAUGAGAAUCAAUGCAACAUAAUUUGCACUGAUACAUUAAAUUCAAGGCAGUCAUAUGCCCCUUUUCCGUCCAUUUUUCUUUUUCCUAUGUAUCAGUUUAUGGGCUGGAUUCUCUGAAAAUUAAUGCACUAAGUGAGCACAAAAGAUCCAUUGCACUGAUUUGACUAAUUAUGAAUACCCAGUAUGCUGAGUAUUAGAAAUUUAGAAGUUUAGAAAUUUUAGUUAAAAAUCAACUGCAUGUGUUCGUCUUUUGUCAGAAAUUUGUUCCUUUAUUCCAGUGCUUUUAAAAACCCAGGCCUAGAAUGAUAAACCUUUGUGCCACAUAGAAUGAGAAAAACUGAAAUCCUGUUGACAUCUGUUCAGUGCUCCAAGGUUCGCCGACAAAUGAAUUGCCUCGAAGGCACUUCGGUGAUUUUGGUCCUAUUAUUAAUGCUCUGAAAGCAUAGGUGCCUUUUCAGGUUUGAUAUUUCUCCCCCUCCUUUACCUUCUGCAUGGGUUACAAUUACAGAUUCAUUUAUUUUCUUAAGAAAAUGCAACUCUCUGGAGUCAGGUUCCUGGCCUUGGGCAUGAAGAAACAAAACCACAGGCAUUUGCCUGCGUCUCUGGGUGCUUGUAAGAUUGUCUCGGAUAAUAAAGAAUGUUUUAGAAUGAGAGCUUUUAAAGGUUAAAUUGCUGCUGUGAAAACUCAGUUCCUGCCAAGUUGUUCCAACAAAAGAAAUAGAAAUAAAAUGUGUUUUUCUGUAUAA